CAGUCUUUCAAUAGCUAUGAAGAGAUUAAAAGUGAUUUUUGCCGUUCUGGGCUGUCAGCUUCUUGCGACUAUAAAAGGAUCAGCCUACUUGCUGGAUUCUGGGUGCGGAAAAUCGGAUCGUACCGAAAGUUAUUUGAAGAUUGGUGGGGGUGAAGAUGCAAGCAUAUUCGCGAAUCCUUGGAUGGCAUCCGUAAUGGUAUUGGGUAAUCACGCGUGUGGCGGCUCUCUAAUCACAUCGCGUUUCGUUCUGACCGCAGCACAUUGCAUUUCCAAUUAUUCCAUGAUGGUGAGAUUGGGCGAAUACAAAGUGAUCGAACCUAACCCUGAUUGCUCUACUGGUGUUUGCAUACCAAAAGCGUAUACUGAAUAUGUCGAUAAGAAAAUUGUUCAUUCAAAAUUCGACUAUUAUAACCAACUGUAUGACAUAGCCCUGCUGCGAAUGGCUUCUGCGGUCCAGUAUUCAGACUAUGUCAGGCCCAUAUGCCUCAUCGUCAAAGCACCGAUGGAAAAUGUUUUACAAUUUAACGCCACCGGCUGGGGCUUGCGUGAAAACGGUCGAAUGAGUCGCACUCUGCAAAAAGCUACUCUACACAAAACUGAAAACCAUCAUUGUAGUCAGAAAUAUACGAAGUUCAUUGAUCACACCCAUAUUUGUACAGGCAGCCUUACCAGUCAAACCUGCGUGGGGGACUCCGGAGGUCCUUUAAGCGCAGACGUUUUUUACCAAGGAGAAUUAAGACCCCUUUUGUACGGUGUGGUCAGCUAUGGAUCUAAAAAGUGUUCCACAACGGGCUUUGAUGUUCACACAAAGGUUGACCAAUAUACGGACUGGAUUGAGAGUGCUCUAUCUUACAAUUGGUCUAUCUAGAACUACUUUGGAACGUUUUCCACCAAUCAAAUAAUAAAAAACCGAUUAUCUUUUGACAAAA